UUUGCUCUUCUCUUGCGGAAGGGCCGUCAUCCCGGAAGCGCGUGUUUAUUUGUUGAAACUUUAUUAAGAACAGGCAAAUCUUUACCAGUAUCUAGCAAUAAAGGUUCGGCUCGGGUUCUAAAUUGUUAUGAGCAUCAAUAUAUGCUUAAAGGGCUGCAGUGUCGACAUUUCACUGUAAAGAGACAUUUGCCUUGCUAGCUAGAAGUAAACAGUCACCUAACGUUAGCUUGCCAGCUACAGUAUGUCCAGCGAGGCAGUCCUAACUGUUCGCUUGGUAAGGUCUUUUGAGCACCGAAAUUUCAAGCCAGUUGUAUUUAGUGGCGUGAAUUUAGAUCAAACGGUCCAGGAAUUUAUCCAGUUUGUGAAAAAUGAAGUUAGCAUGAGAGCCGGUUUACCACCCCCAUUCAAGAAUUUUGGCUACGACACAAUGAAGAUCAUCCACCAGGCACAUGGAGCAAAGACAAAUGAGUUGGUGAUGAGUUUGGAGGAUGAUGACAAGCUUAUUCUGCAAGAUGGACUAACCCUAAGAGAUGCGGGCAUUGCAAAUGAAACAGAAUUGGCCUUCUUCAGGAAAGAGGAUUAUAAGCUCUUUAAAGCCAACCCCCAACCGGCCUGGUGGUAAGGGUGUUUACUGGCCUUCAUCCCCCACGGAAGAGGGGAUUCUGAUCUGACAUGGAGGAUACACAUGGAUGGAAGAUUGGGGGGUGACAUGUGCCUUCAGACCUAAGUUUGAGUCUUUUAAUUUAACAUGCCAUAUAUAUAUAACAUGUUUUUGCCUCUUUUAUACAUCUCCACUGAAAUGCACUUUCCAUUUAUUUGGUGGUGUUGAAUAUGAUUAUGGUUGUACAUGGAUUUUCUUUGUACUUAUUAGUUUCCUGUAAGACCUAUUUUAUUACUGUAAACAUGAUUCCAAAUUAAAUCACUGGUUUGAAAUGA